AUGCCGAAAAAAAAGAAGAAUUCAAAAAAGAAGAAUGGUACGCAAUACUUAAACCCGAAAAUCGCAACAGCUGUUCUGUUAUGUUCAUGUUACUUUUUCCAUAGCAUAUUCGGUGUUGUAUAUGUAAUAGUUGUUUUAAUAGCCAUCAUAUUUUUAAAUUUAGAAAGUAAUAAAGACAGUAGAGGUAGUAGUAUAAGCGCCUAUUCAAUAUUUAAUAAGGGGAAACGAUAUUUAGUUGGUGACUUAAGAAUGAAUCAAAUAGAAACAGAAUUACGAAAUGUGAAAUAUAAAAAUGAUGAUAGCGAUGAGAAUAUUUUAAGGUAUAAUGAUAUCGACAAAAACAAAAUGUAUAUUAAAGGAUCAUCGAAAUAUAAUAAUAAAUUAUGCACAUGCGGAUCUAACAAAAAAUUUAAAAAGUGUUGUGGUAGGAUAAAGAAUGAUUCGUCAGAUUUUUAA